AUGGACAAAGCAACGCUUCUAACCGCUUCCAAAGUGGAUCUGAGCGUUUCGACCCAUCCCCGCUCAAAUAUCACUAGGUUGAUCGGCCCGUCCAUACAAAUUGCCCUUCGCUUCCAGAGCCUCGUCGGUUCCAUCUCAAUCUUCCUCUGCCUGCGCGCCUGCUAUGUCGCGAGCAUCACCUUCGCGAGCGUUCUCUAUGCCAGCAAAAUAGUGAGCUUUAAAGCUUUUGUCGCAGCAAAAUUCAGCGCUUUCCACAGCUUCAACAUGUCCAGCCAAGCUCUUGCAAGUGCCUGGAAUUCGAAAAAGGUACAGAGGUUACGGAACAAGAUCUGGUACGAAUUCGCCGUUUUCAUCCUGGGUAGUGGGAACCUCAUCUUCCUCAUGCUCUUCUGGCCAGGCUGGUGGGUUCUUGCAGGCGCGGGCUGGGCAGGAUGGAUGCUCUUUGGUUGA